GCCCUGAGGCGCCGCUCCCGCCGCCGCCGCCAUGGGGAAGAAGUCGCGGUCAGCGCCGGGCCGCAGGCCCAUCCUCCGCCUGUCCCCACCCGGGCCCCGCCGCGAGGAGGCACCGGGACCGCCGCUGGAAGGAGCCGACUCGGGUUCCGAGCCGGAGGAGCCCGAGGCUGUGGCCGAGCCCCCCCGCAGCGCUCCCAACCCCCCGGCCCCUGCACCCGCUGCUGCUGUCAAGCCCACAGGAGGUUUGUGCCUGCUGGGUGCCUACGCAGACAGCGACGAGGAGGAGGGAGAAAGCUCAGAGAAACCCCCCCGGGCCUCGGGUACCAACGGCAACAACUCAGACAUCGACAGCACCUUGGCCAACUUCUUAGCGGAGAUCGAUGCCAUCACGGCUCCUCCCCAGCCUGCUGAGCCUUCCCCCUCCCACACCGCUGUCCCCUCCUCCUCCUCAUCUUCCUCGGUGCCGCCCCCAACCCCUCCCCGUCCGGAGCCAAAGGAUUCGGGAUCGGGAUCAGGAUCCCAACCCCCCCCCAGCACCACCAACGGAGCUGCCCCAGCACCCGAGUGGCAGUAUGACACCCAGUGCUCCCUGGCAGGAGUGGGGGAGCUGGAGAUGGGGGACUGGCAGGAGGUGUGGGAUGAGAACACGGGCUGCUACUACUACUGGAACACCCAGAGCAAUGAGGUGACCUGGGAGCUGCCCCAGUACCUGGCCACUCAGGUCCAGGGCCUCCAGCACUACCAGCACAGCAGUGCCAACGGGAGCUUCGUGGCUGAGCCCUAUUCCCAGGAGAAGGGAAUAAGAGGGGCCAAGAGGGAGGUGAAGAAGGAGGUGAAUGAAGGUGUCCAAGCCCUCUCCAACAACGAGGAGGAGAAAAAAGGGGUGGCUGCAGCUCUGCUGGCCCCACUGCUCCCCGAGGGGGUGAAGGAGGAAGAGGAACGCUGGAGGAGGAAGGUGAUCUGCAAAGAGGAGGUGGUGGAGCCACCUCCUGAAGAGGAAGGCAAAGCAGGAGAGGUGACAGUGGUGGCAGCUGGUCCCCAAGAACCCGAGGCCAUCAGGGAGCCUCUGGAGGAGCCCCUGCAGGAGGAGCUGUGCAGUGUGGUGCAGUCUGGGGAGAGUGGGGAGGAAGAGGAGGAGGAGCAGGACACCCUGGAGCUGGAGAUGGUGCUGGAGAGGAAGAAGGCUGAGCUCCGUGCCCUGGAGGAAGGGGAGGGCAGCAUCUCAGGCUCCAGCCCCCUCUCAGAUGGCAGCCAGGGGGCUUCCCAGGACCCUGCUCGUCGUUUGGCCUCCAAAAGGGGGAAGUGGAAACUUUUUGUGGGAGCUGCCAGCCCUGAAGCUGCCACUCGAGGCUCCAAAACUGGGAGGGAGAGCCCAGAGGUGGGAGAAACAGCCACCAACGUGGAGACAACUGAAGCAACUUCAGACAAAGAGGCUGAGCCCGAGGAGCCCCAGGAGAAACCAAAACCCCAAGGGGCUCCAAAAUUAGAAGAGGAAGAGCAGGACCUAAAGUUUCAGAUUGGAGAGCUGGCAAACACUCUGACCAGUAAGCUGGAAUUCCUGGGAAUCAACAGACAAUCUAUCUCCAACUUCCACCUGUUGCUGUUGCAGACAGAGACCCGCAUUGCAGACUGGAGGGAAGGUGCUCUCAAUGGAAACUACCUCAAACGCAAACUCCAAGAUGCAGCCGAACAGCUAAAACAAUACGAAAUAAACGCCACCCCUAAAGGCUGGUCCUGCCACUGGGACAGGAUCUCUGGAUCAACUCUUCUGACCAACAGCUCUGCCAAAGGACAAACCCCACCAGCCCGCCGGAACGAAGAACAAGAUUUCUGUCUCCUGCCAGCAGGGAGCAUAGACGCUAUUUCUAUGUUAACGAGCGCUCGGGAGAGUCGCAGUGGGAAUUCCCUGACGGGGAGGAGGAAGAGGAAGGAGAGCGGAACGCCGAGAGGAAAAACGAGGGUCCUGCUCAGCCCCCCCCCAAGGAGAAAGGAGAACGCCCCGGGGACACCACCCAGAGACCUGCAGGUACAGCCCGGAGGGGGGGGCCUGGCCCUAAAAUGGGGGCACAAACCUAAAAUGGGGAUCCUGAUCCUAAAAGGGGGUCACAACACUAAAAUUGGGAUCCUGAUCCUAAAAGGGGGUCGCAACCGUAAAAUGGGUUCACAACACUGAAAUUGGGAUCCUAAUCUAAAAGGGUUUGCAGCCCUUAAAUGGGAUCCCA